AUGCGCAUCGCCACGCUGACCUGCCUUCCCGGCCCUUCCCCCUUCCUCUUUCUAUUGGCCCAGCUGCUACUGCGGCUCCUCCUCCCUGGGCCGGAGUUGGUGGGAGCCGCCUCCUCCUGCCCCUCCCACUGCACCUGCUCCAACCAGGCCAGCCGAGUCAUCUGUACCAGGCAAAACCUGGAGGAGGUGCCCGAGAGCAUAUCAGUCAACACACGAUACCUCAACCUGCAGGAGAACUCAAUACAGGUUAUCAAGUCCGACACUUUCAAGCACUUGAGGCACCUCGAGAUCCUCCAGCUCUCCAAGAAUCAGAUCCGUCAGAUUGAAGUCGGAGCUUUCAAUGGCCUCCCCAACCUCAACACGCUGGAGCUCUUCGACAACCGCCUCACACUGGUGCCAUCACAUGCCUUUGAGUACCUCAGCAAGCUGCGGGAGCUGUGGCUGCGCAACAACCCCAUUGAGACUCUGCCAGGCUAUGCCUUCCACCGCGUGCCCUCGCUACGGCGCCUGGACCUGGGUGAGCUCAAGAAGCUGGAUUUCAUCUCUGACGCAGCCUUCGUGGGCCUCAUCAAUCUACGGUACCUGAACCUGGGCAUGUGUGGACUGAAGGACAUUCCCAAACUGACAGCCCUUGUGCGUUUGGAGGAACUGGAGCUGUCAGGGAACCGGCUAGAGAUCAUCCGACCCGGUUCCUUCCAGGGCUUAGUCUCUCUCCGCAAGCUGUGGCUCAUGCACUCGCAGGUGUCCGUCAUUGAGCGCAAUGCCUUCGACGACCUGAAAAACCUGGAAGAGCUCAACCUGUCCCAUAACUCCCUGCACUCCUUGCCCCAUGACCUCUUCACACCCCUUCACCAGCUGGAGAGGGUACACCUCAACCACAACCCCUGGGUCUGCAACUGUGACGUGCUUUGGCUUAGCUGGUGGUUGAAAGAGACAGUGCCCAGCAAUACCACCUGCUGUGCCCGCUGCCAUGCUCCCCCGUUUUUAAAGGGCAAGUACAUUGGAGAGCUGGACCAGAGCCACUUCACCUGCUAUGCUCCUGUCAUUGUGGAGCCACCGACAGACCUCAACGUGACCGAAGGUAUGGCUGCUGAGCUGAAGUGUCGCACAAGCACCUCCACGACAUCUGUCAACUGGAUCACCCCUAAUGGCACUCUAAUGACCCACGGCUCUUACCGGGUGCGGAUAUCCGUCCUGCAUGAUGGCACGCUCAACUUCACAAAUGUCACCCUGCGAGACACAGGCCAGUACACCUGCAUGGUCACCAAUGCUGCUGGCAACACCACGGCAACCGCCGUCCUCAAUGUCACUGCCGCUGAUGCCAGUGUCAACUACACCUACUUUACCACGGUCACUGUGGAAACAGUGGAGACUCCGGGAGACGAAGACUCCGCGCUGGUUGCCAUCAAUGAGACCUUCAUCCGUGUUCACCCAGGCCCCACUCCCUCGGGCCACUUGUGGCCGGUUCCUACCACAGCCUCCUCUCUGUCGGCCGGCUGGUCCUCCUCCUCUCCUCGAGCCACCCGACCCACCUUCACUGUGCCCAUCACUGAACCAGGCUUCUCGGGCCUAGAUGAUGUGAUGAAGACCACCAAGAUCAUCAUUGGCUGCUUCGUAGCCAUUACCUUCAUGGCAGCCGUGAUGCUGGUGGUGUUCUACAAGCUGAGGAAGCAGCACCAGCUGCAUAAACACCACGGCCCUGCUCGUGCCAUCGAGAUCAUCAAUGUGGAGGAUGAGCUGGGGGCCGGGGCCAGCGGUCGAGGCAGCGGCAUCUCCGGAGGCUCCACCGUGACGCAGAGUGGAGGCGGUGGAUUAGGAGGGGGACAGAGCCUCAGGCUGCACCACCCAGAGAUGGUCAACCUGCCGAACCUGGCACGAUCAGAGCACCUCAACCACUACUACAAAACCCAUCAUUUCAACAACAACAUGAUGGGCCUGGGCAUGGGCACAGGCUCCGGUGUGGGCCUCAACAACAACAACAACCCCUCGCCUUGCUCUCAGUCUCAGAACACAUCCAUAUCCUGUUCCCAGGUUCCAACCUCCACCAGUGGGGGGACACCCACAGGUGGCACCUUGCCCUCUCCUGUGCCCUUGCCCCAGCUGGGUCUCCACACUUCUCUGAAAGGCCUAAUGGGCAAAGGCCAGAAUGAGCCACUGCUCUUUAAGAGUGGCUCCAAAGAAAAUGUGCAAGAGACUCAAAUCUGAGUAAAAGUGAGAGUGGAAGUAAGAGGUAAGGAGAAAGGGAUGCUGGAAAGAGACCCUGAAAUGGAAAGCGGCUGUGAGCAUAUGAGACUGAUUGUAGCCUAUUGUCCUCGUGGACAGAUUCCAGAAGAGAUGAAAUUUCACAUAGUCACUGCUUUGUGUUGUCAAUCUGUUGACAGAGAGAAGCAGAUAGGAAGGAGGCAGAGUACAAUAUCUGAUCAGCACUAGUCCCACAGUAGCAUCUGCACAUAGUUUUCAACUAAAUCAGACACAGACAUAUAUGACGUAAACAUCAGAAUCAUUCAGUUACCUGUGCAACCUGCUAUAGUCUUUGCCAAAGUCGAAGAUCAAGCCAACUCUUUUUCUCCAUUUGCGUCCACAAUCACGGUGGAAAGCUAUGAAUAAUACACACGUGCAGUGAGCCUCUCUAGUUUUUUUAUACAGAUUGCUUCGUAUAUUUCCAGACACAUUCAGUGUAUAUAUUUGGAGGGAAACAUAAUACUGGCCAUUGAACAUGUUGUCAGAUUAGUGUUUGGCAGAGACGCUGAAUAACAAACAAUGGUUUGGGUGAGCGGUACGGUCCCAGGUUUCCAGGAAGCACUAAAACAGACCAGAGAAAGCAAAAUUAGAGCAGUGCAGCGACUCUGUCCAGGACACACGUAUCAGACUAGUAUUUCGCAG